AAUUUUUUUGGUUCAAUUAUUAAUAAAUUACGAAUAAUUUGUUAAUUAAUAAUGAUUAUUAGGGGUGUUAAGAAAGAAGAUUGUAUUGUAAGGGGUGAUUAGAAAUCACCUAAGCAGUGUAGAGUACACGCAAGAAGUUUAAUAGAGUUGAAAAAACACUUAAAAGAUAUAAACUAUUAAGAUUAAUAAUAAAAUGAACAAAUUUAAAGCAAUCAGCAAGAAUAAGUCGCAGAUAUUAAAAAAAUUACAAGAUAAUUUUCAAACUCUUUUUUUAAUUCCAAAAAUCGUAAUACAAGCAGCUCUCGCUUAAAAACAGAUGAGGGAAGAUAAUCAUUUCAUAAUAACUCUUAGUAAUAAAAUCUACAUAAUAAUAAAUUUGUUCCAUUCAUACAUGAGCGUGAUCGGCUUGGUAGAUUAAUCACUGAAAACUAAGACUAAGAUGAUGAUUUGAGUGUUUUUACUUAUCGUCCAAAUACUUAUAGGAAACAUGCAAAAUCAACAGACACUUUGAAGGUUAAAAAUUUACCAACCAAAUCGGGUGUUGUAAAUGAUGGUUUAAAUAAAAAUGCUUACGCUUAACUUAAACAUAAUGGGUUAUUCAAAGAAUAGAAAGCUGAAGACUAGCUAAUAAAAAAUAAAAUUGAGGAAAUGAUAUAAAAUCACUAGUUGGAAAAUAAAAUUUUAUUAGGAGUUAAUAGACAAAAUAACUAUGAAGUUUAGUUGCAAGAUAAUUAUAAUGAUAUUUAAAUGGUAAGCUAUAGAUUGAAUAUAAAACAUUAAGAAGAUUUGCAAAGGAAAUAAUAAAUUGCAAAUAGUUUAACUUAUGCUAGAGGAUUUUAUAAAAGAGCAUAAGCAGAUGAGUAGUAUAGAAGAGUAAAAACUAACCAUUCUAGCAACCGAAUAUAAACAGUUAAUACAGAAGAAGAUUUGCCAUAAGAAAAUCAAGAAAAAAAUGAUUUCAUAACUAAAAAUUAAAAAAAAAAUUAUUUUUUAAACUUAAGAAAAUAAACAGGCUAAAGCAUAAAUGAUUAGUUAAAAAUUUUUAAAAAACGAAAUAAUGAAAUUUUAAAUAAUCCAAUUCCUCCUCUUGGAUUUUAUGAUGCUACGAAUUCAUAAGAGAACUGCAUACUUAAAAAGUAUCCUAAAGUAAUUUUUAAUAAGUAAGAAAGAUUCAUCAAAAUCAAAACAGAAGAAAAUGAAAUACAAUUAAGUAAGUAAAAAAAUUCUCCAUAAAAAUCAUCAACAAUUUAGAAAGGUGAAAACUAAAAGUAGAAUAAUACAAGUGCUUCCCCUAAAAAACAAUAAAAAGAUGAUAAUAUACAUUAAAAACUUAAAACAGUAGCUGAUUCAUCAGUUGCAAAGAUUGAUUAGAUAAAUCCUAAAAUACUUGAGUAAAUUAAAGAGCAAGAAGAAAGAAGGUCUAGAAUUGAAAAAAAUAUUGAUUAAAUAGCGCUUGAUUUUAAUAGUGAAAAGGCAUCUACUAUUUUUACUCAACAUUUCUUGCAAACAAAGCAAAAAAUGAGAAGAAUAAGAAAUAAUUUAAAUAAUAUGGAAUUUGAUACUCUGUAAUUCUUUGAUAAGUUAAUAUAGUAAUAGCAAAAAAAAUAAUUGGACGAUGGCUUAUCUUGA